CUUUUGAAGUAUGUGUAAUGUAUUCCAUCGCUUGUGUUUAAGUUGAGGCGGAAAACUGGGGGGGAAAUUGUGCGUCUCAUCAGCGGAUAAACUUUUCUGUCUCCUCUCCUGAAAUGAUCAGGAUGACGUAAACAGAGACACAGAUGGAGGCUUCAGCUGCUGCUUUUCAUGUGUCUCAAUAAUAACCACAUUAAAGGCAAGAUGACGCUGAAUAAAGCGACUCGGCCUUUACACUUGGGUCUCCUGCUUCUCUGGAUUGCAAGCCUCUGCUUCCAGCCAGUGUCUACUGGCAACCAAAGCUCCGGAGGACAGACAGGGUCAUCACAGGAGAGGACGGGGACUUGUGAAGUGGUCGCCGCUCACCGUUGCUGCAAUAGGAACAAGAUAGAGGAACGCUCUCAAACGGUCAAGUGCUCCUGCUUCCCAGGACAGGUGGCGGGGACAACAAGGGCUCUGCCCUCUUGUGUUGAUGCAUCCAUUGUGCGUCAAAAGUGGUGGUGUAAAAUGGAGCCAUGUCUGGAGGGGGAGGAGUGUCGAGUUCUCCCUGACCUCACUGGCUGGUCAUGCAUCUCCGGGAACAAAGUGAAGACCACAAAGGUGGCGCGGUAGCAAGACUGAAACUCCACCAUUAACCGAAGCCCACCAUGGCCUGCAGCAGUCGCUUUACCAGCGGACUCUGACGGCAGUGAAUGCACCAUCAGAUAGAGUAAAGAACAAUAUAGAUUUAAUUAUCUGCUGACUACGUUUCACUCUGCUGUAACUCGUUAUGUUCAUUCCAUUUGACUUGAACACACUUUCCGUUGAGGUUAAUCCAAUGGAGUGGGCAAGCUAUUAGCAAUUAACUCAAGAUAAAAAAAAAUGGUGCAGUACUGUAUACGUUGUUCCAGUUCAAACAUCAUAUAUACACACUGAAGUCUGUAUCAUUGUACCAGUGCUUGAUAUGCAGGGCACAUUUUGAUUCACUCAAUCGAAGUUUGGAUGGGCCUGCUGGCAGACACUUAAAAAGAGAUUUUGUGGAUUUUCAUGAGGCAGAAUGUGAAUCCAGUCAGGGGCUUGUGACUCCCUCCGCCGAUCAAAGCAGAGGACCACAAAUACUGAGAAAUUCAUGAUGGGAGCAUUUGUAGACAAUGCUGUCCCGCAUACUUACUCUGAGCUUUAUAAAGAGGUCACAUCCCUUCGGACUAGUUCUUACCACAAAUCGGCAUUUCUCACAAACACAUGCGCUGCUUUUUUGUUUCUGCCGACUCCACUGGUUGGACAGGCCACCACCUGCAACGCGGCGAUGGCAUGCACACAAGCAUGAAGCCCUGAUGCAAAACAAGGACUGUUUGAAAUGCUAAUGCUGUGGAGAGAAGGGGGAGAGAGGGGAGACGAGGAGCGCCUUCACUGCUGAGAGUAUUUACAUCAUGCUUUUUGUUUGUCUCGCUAAACUGAGUGCUCCUGUGGCGAGGACUUCUCUUAUGGUAUAAUGAAGGAAACAUUGGGGGCUUUCUGCCUGGAAGCAAGUGCUGCAGCUUCAAGAGGGGAUUGGAAUGUUAUUCAUAAUAUUAUAUAUUUAUAAUAUACAUUUAUAUUGUUGUUAUUACCACAUCAUCACUGGUCUCUUUUUUGGCACUUCAGGCAAAUCCAGCCAGACAUUUUUCUGUGUUUUUCAUUUAUUCACACAUUUAUUUUACCAACAUUUAUUUUUUUUAUUUUUUUAAUAAGACAAAUACAGCAAACUGCAAAUCAUCCCAUCAGAGGCAGUGGGUUUGAAAAGUAAAACUAAACAGUUUGCUUGGCAUAAUUAUGCAUUACGUCUGUUUUAGUGGCGACAGGAUUCCUCUCUGAGCUGUCACGCAGUGCGAGGCAAUUUAUGCAUGGGUUUGCUUUUGUAAUCAUUGCGGUCAUAAUUGUUAUUUAAUGUCAGGGGGGUUGUGAGUGAUGUUAGAAUUUGAAGACUUGACUGACUUAAAAUCAAUGUUGAUUCACCGACAUGACUGUUGUUCUUGUAAAUACUGUUCGGGAGCGUCAUCAACAGCGUUUAUACC